ACUCAAACGAGUCUCCACUUCGAUCUCUCCAUUUCCGACUUCUCUCUCUUCCUCGUACUCGAUCUCUCUGUAAUCGUAAAGCUUCCAAAUUCAGUUCCAAUGGCAUACGAGGGAAUCCUUCUGGGGAUGGGAAAUCCUCUUCUCGACAUCUCAGCCGUCGUCGACGAAGAGUUCCUCAAGAAAUAUGAUGUCAAGUUGAACAAUGCCAUUCUUGCCGAGGAUAAGCACUUGUCCAUGUACAAUGAUCUGGCUGAGAAUUACAAUGUGGAAUAUAUUGCUGGAGGUGCUACACAAAAUUCAAUCAAAGUUGCCCAGUGGAUGCUCCAAAUCCCUGGCGCAACUGGUUACAUUGGUAGCAUUGGAAAGGACAAAUUUGGAGAGGAAAUGAAGAAGAAUUCCAGACUUGCCGGUGUUAAUGUGCAGUAUUAUGAAGAUGAAACUGCACCAACGGGAACAUGUGCUGUUUGUGUUGUUGGUGGUGAGAGGUCACUCAUUGCGAACUUGUCAGCUGCAAAUUGUUACAAAUCUGAGCACUUGAAGCGACCGGAAAAUUGGGCACUAGUGGAAAAGGCCAAAUAUUUCUACAUUGCUGGAUUUUUCCUCACUGUAUCUCCAGAGUCCAUUCUACUUGUUGCUGAACAUGCAGCUGCAAAGAACAAGGUCUUCACCAUGAACCUUUCUGCUCCAUUCAUCUGUGAAUUCUUCAAAGAUGCACAGGAGAAGGCUCUGCCGUAUGUGGACUAUGUAUUCGGGAAUGAGACAGAAGCAAGAACCUUUGCUAGGGUUCGUGGCUGGGAGACCGAAAAUGUUGAAGAGAUUGCUGUAAAGAUUUCCCAGUUACCCAAGGCAUCCGGUACCCACAAGAGGAUCACUGUUAUCACUCAAGGUGCAGAUCCUGUUGUAGUUGCUGAGGAUGGGAAGACAAAGCUGUUCCCUGUUAUCUUGUUACCCAAGGAGAAGCUGGUUGAUACCAAUGGAGCAGGGGAUGCAUUUGUUGGUGGAUUUUUGUCACAAUUGGUUCGAGAGAAGCCGAUUGAAGAUUGUGUGCGAGCUGGUAGCUAUGCAGCAAAUGUUAUUAUCCAAAGGUCUGGAUGCACAUACCCGGAAAAGCCCGAUUUCAACUAGGUUCUUUUCUUGGACCAGAAGAGCACUCUACCCUCUGCGUCUAUCCUUAGGAUAUCCAAUUAUUACUAUUAUGCAAUUGCCUCCUCAUAUAAUUGUGACAGCCUUCAUUAUUUUUCUCCUGAACCCAUUUACAAGGUAUAGGAGUUUAUUUGUUUUGGGUGUUGUGAUUGUGAUCAUCUACUCAAGAUGGAAAUUAUAUGUAUCCUUCUGUUUUGCAUUUUGAGUAAGAGAUUUUGGAAUAAACCUUUCAUUUAGCUAA